CAGGGUAAAUUGAGAAGGAUAUAUGUGUUUGCUCAGUAGAUUUUGCCUCUCAAGUAUCUGUGUGGGUGUGUGCGAUCAGUCAGACCUACAUGUUACUGAGUAAUCUCUGGCCGAACCUGUCUGAUAGGUGUGGGCUGGCUGGCACUGACUUACACAGGUAACGAAGAAGGAAAGGAAGCAUUCAGACGGACUCGAAGACAGACGGAGAAAACACAACAACCUGUUCUUAUAAAGCAGAGGAGUAUCCUUCAGAAUGUGAAACCAUCUGGAGGAGAUUUUCUGCUGCUGUUCGACCCAUGGCUCUGGGAUUCUAAUGUGGCAUUUCAGGCUCUGGGAUGUGCAGGACGUGGCUGUUUUUCUCAGCAUCACAUUAUACAUGUGCCACCUAGCUGAAGCCAUCUCCAUCCACUCCCCCCAGAGGAGCCUCACCAGGUCAGUGCAGGAGGACGUGUUUUUCUCGGUGGACGUCACCUGUAACGGGAUCCCGACAAUACAAUGGACCUUCAUGUCAGGAGUGGUGAGCCGCUCCAUCGGGAUUUGGCAGCCGGGGAUGUACACCAACGUUACGGCGGAUUACAGCAGCAGAGUUCAGGCCUACAGUAACGGGUCCAUGGGCCUGUCAGACCUUCGGAUACAGGACGCAGGAUACUAUGUGAUCACUGUGAUAGAAACAGGAGGGAGCAGCAAGGACACAGGCUUUGUCCUUAAAGUAAAUGAGGUUCUGUAUGAGGACCUUCAGUACUUGUCCGUCUCGGCCUUAGCCUUGGCCUGUCUGGCUGCUCUCCUCAUGUUGACCAUGUGGCUCCUGGACAAAGCCUACAGGAAAAUAAUGGCAUGGAGGCGGAGGAGACAGAUGCCAGAAAAUGAUGCGACGGAGCUGCAGCCUCUUUGAUUUACCGCUGAAUGAAGACACUGUCACAGCUGCAGCCACAGAACGACAGACUGUAAACUUAGAUGUAAAUAUAAGUGAUGUUUGUACUUAUACCAUGUCCUGUUAAUAAUGAGAAACAGUUGUGAAAACCUGUACUAUGUUUACAUUUUAUGUGAAAUACACUUAAAACUCACUGCUGACACUGGAUUGAAUGUAAAAAUGUAGGAGUGUUGAAACUGGGGGAAAUAUACUCUAUUUAUUCUUAUAAAAUGAUUUGUGUCAUCUUUAUUUAUAGAUUUUGAUCAUUUUACACUUGUUUAUGUCAGUAGG